AUGGCAUCGGCGCAUGGUCUGGACGCCCAAAGUGAGACGACUCUAGGACGAUCGCAGACCGGCAGUGACCACACCCUCGACAAUACAGGCUCCUGCCUCCUGUCCCUAGACGGUGGCGGCGUCCGCGGCCUGUCUACACUAUACAUCCUCCAAGGCAUCAUGAACCGGCUGAAUUACAUGCGUGAACAGGCCGCUCUGCGCCCAAGGAAGCCGUGCGAGAUCUUCGAUUUGAUUGGGGGAACAAGCACUGGUGGGCUCAUCGCCAUCAUGCUAGGCCGUCUGGAAAUGUCCGUCGAAGAAUGCAUAACCGCUUACACCAAAAUGAUGAAGCAUGUUUUUGAGAAGAAGGCAAAUCAUUCUUUCAUAAGUAUCCUAGGGGGCGUUAAGCCGCGGUUUUCGUCUAAGGCGCUGGAGAACGCAAUCUUGCAGGUCCUCAAAGAGCGCGGCAUUCGUAUCGACGAAAAGUUUGAGAACGGAACAAGGUUGCGGUGUAAGGUCUUUGUUUGCACCAAAUUCCAAAAGACAAACACCACUACCCGGCUCCGCAGCUACCGAAUCCCCGCGGUCUCUGACUUUAAUCCAACCAUCCUUGAAGCUGCACUCGCAACCUCCGCUGCGCCAACCUAUUUCUCCGACGUCGCCAUCGAAGGCAGCAGGUUCGUCGACGGCGCGCUCGGGGCGAACAACCCUGCCCUAGAGGUUGAAGAAGAAGCCACGGACCUCUGGUGCGAGGAGACAGGGAAUUUGCAGCCCCUAGUCAAAUGCUUCAUCUCUGUUGGCACUGGACAUGCAGGCAUACGGAGUGUUUCCGAUAAGGGGCUGAAGCAUCUCUUAGAGACGCUGCAGAAGGAGGCGUCUGAGACGGAGAGUACCAACCAGAAGUUCCUGGGACGCUGGCGUAACCAUGUGGAGCAGGGCCGAUGCUUUCGGUUCAAUGUUGACCAUGGGCUGGACAAUGUGGGGCUAGCGGAGUUUGAAGAGCAGGAUUUGCUUCGUGCAGCGACGUCUACGUAUUUGCAAAAACGAGCGGAGCUCAUCAGUCUAGGCAACACGCACCUCAAACUCCCCCCGAACCGCAUCACCCGUCACGAUCUCCUAAACGCACAGCAGAACUUCUCCCAAGCCCUCAACUACCUCAAAAACAACCCAUCUACCCCACCGAAGCAAGUCUCACGCCUCUGCCACAGGCUCAUGGAGACCUCGAUCCGGCUCAGUAUGAUUGCGCGCGAAAGUACGGAGCGCAAACAGCAUGCUGACCAGGGUCGCGAGUAUGCCGAAAAAGCGCUGGAUAAUGCACGCAAGUGUGAGGAUGACUGCAUGGUUGCACAGGCGGAGUUCAUGCUUGCGUGCGUAGGGGCGUGGAAGGUCUAUGUGGCUGCGAGAAUGAGCAGGGUGGAGCCGAGUACUUACCCGAAACGGGAGGGUGCUGAGGUACUGCUGGAGCAGAGGUUGGAGGAGUUGGGACAGUUCCCGCAUUUGGAUAUGGAAGUUUACGAGGCGCAGGCCAGGAAGUAUCUAGGGUAUUUGAGGCCAAGAUGA